GCAGCCUUGAGAACACAAAGACUGCAGCGCUUGGCGGCGGGCGCAGGGAACCUCACAUUCCGUAAGACCGAGGUCAAGACAAAGAGGCGUGGGCAGGCCGCUGGGCCUGCUGGUGCCAUCCUUGCCAUCAUGGCAGAAAAAGUGAACAACUUCCCACCAUUGCCCAAAUUCAUCCCCCUGAAGCCAUGUUUCUACCAAGACUUUGAGGCAGACAUUCCUCCCCAGCAUCUCAGCAUGACCAAGCGCCUCUACUACCUCUGGAUGUUGAACAGCGUCACGCUGGCCGUGAACCUGGUGGGCUGUCUCGCGUGGCUGAUCGGAGGCGGGGGAGCCACCAACUUUGGCCUCGCCUUUCUCUGGCUCAUCCUCUUCACACCCUGCUCCUACGUCUGCUGGUUUCGGCCCAUUUACAAGGCCUUCAAGACUGACAGCUCCUUCAGCUUCAUGGCGUUCUUCUUCACCUUCAUGGCCCAGCUGGUCAUCAGCAUCAUCCAAGCCGUCGGCAUCCCAGGCUGGGGCGUCUGUGGCUGGAUCGCUACCAUCUCCUUCUUCGGAACAAAUGUUGGCUCAGCAGUGGUGAUGCUCAUUCCCACCAUCAUGUUCACGGUUGUGGCUGUGUUUUCCUUCAUUGCCCUCAGCAUGGUUCAUAAAUUCUACCGGGGCAGUGGGGGGAGUUUCAGCAAAGCUCAGGAGGAGUGGACCACGGGGGCAUGGAAGAACCCACACGUGCAGCAGGCGGCCCAGAAUGCAGCCAUGGGGGCGGCCCAGGGUGCCAUGAAUCAGCCGCAGACUCAGUAUUCCGCCACCCCCAACUACACGUACUCCAAUGAGAUGUGAGCCAGCCGAGCCAACCAGGAGGGCAGGGCUGGGGGUCCAUGGGACGGGGACUCAAGCCACAUUGUCGGUUGUGGUGACCAAGCAGGGUUCCCCCCUCCCUUUUCUCCUCCCCAACUUUGUACAAAGAAUCAGAGUUAUAUAUAUAUAUAUAUAUAUAUAUGUAUAUAUAUAUAUAUAUAUAUGUAUGUAUGUAUGUGUCUCCCCCCUUCCCCUGCUCCUUUGGAUUCUGUUCUCAGUACUCUGAGAGCUGUGGGCUGCACGUGGAGCUGUCCCGUGCGGUGGUAGCUAUGUCCGUGUCCCCUUGUGAAGUAGUAUGCAGUGGAGGUCUCUGUUGUUGUGGUGCUAGAUGUAUGUUUAGAACUAAACCAGCCCCCACCCUCCACCAGGCUGCCCCCUCUGACCUUGCCCUAGAGACCCCUUAUGGACCAGGGGGAGGAAUAGCAGAAAGCCUGGCCCCCUCCCCAGGGUUAUGAGCUAAAACUGUCUCCACUUUCGGUCUCACUGGGAAGCAACAGUAUUUAGCACUUAUGGGGGUGGGUAGGUAGUAGGGUGGGGACAGGCCAGGGAUCUUCCUUUGCUCCUUCGGAUCUGGUCUCCUCCCCUUCCUUUCCCUCCUCCUGGUGUCAGAUUCCCUGUGGCUUCUUUUUCUUGCCCAGGGCCUCUCCCAUUCCCAUGUGGCUUUUCUUUGUCUUUCCCAAGGCCAGGUGUCCCAGUGGUAUAUGCUCCUGAGACAGCCCAUUCCCAGAUCAAGGAAGAAGACAGGAGUGAGCCUUAGGCGUGAUGUGGGAGGGUACACGGCUGGAGAUGCACAGCCCACCUGGGUACCUCACUCCCAGGGAGUGGAAAUGCUGGGUCAUCUCAGAGCUUGGCCUGCAAGGGGGGGGCUCCUCUCUUCUCUGCCCUGCUUCCCCUCCUCUUCCCAGAGCCCCCUUGAGACCCUCUGCCUAUGUCCCUUCCCGUGCCCCCGGCUGCUAGCCUACCCCCAUCCCAUGCUAGGUGGCAUCUGUCAUCUGUGAGGGCCAAUUCCAUUGCCUUCUCUGAAGAGCUGGGUGGUAUCCAAAUAAUUUUCAGGUAUAAAGGUACAGCUGGAGCAGAGGGUAUGUAAAUAAUUAUUGGUCCCUGAGUGAGUUCUGACUGGCCCAAGGCCACUGGGCAGGUACGAGGUAUCUCUGAAUGACCAUUGGAUUCCUGGGAGCAGAUAGCUGUUCUGCUUGGGUCUGGUAGAGGGGCGGGCUCAGAGGGCUGGGCCUGGAGGGAAGAUGGGAGGAGAAGGCAGCCAGGACCCAGGGAGAGGAGAGCCUGCCUCCUCCCACCCCAGCUUGCUUUUGGUCACAGAGCAGUUCUGGGCGCUUGAACUCAGGGCCCAGGAAGAAGCUCAUGCUCAGUCCUAUCCCUGAGCACAGUGGCUGGAAUGGGGUUUCAGAUUAGGCGGGGUGGGAGGGGAUGCCUUCUGACAUUUUUUUUUUCCCCCAAAUCAAGAUCACCUACCCCCUUCUGCCUAUUAGACUUGGUCUUUGGACCUUUCUCACCCCGUCAGAACCCGCUUUCCCUUGCAGGGUGUAGUGAUUUAAGGCUACCUGGGGCUACUUGGGGCUGUUCUGUUCCAAGCAUUGUGAAAAUGUUGCUGGUAGAGGUCCUAGCUCUUUCUGAGGCCUAGAGGGAGUGGACUUUUUUACCCAAAGAGCAGCUGCCUGUUUUCUAUCCUCCCUUCUCCUGUCUGGAGGAGAUUUCAGGCUAUUUGGCCUGAAAAUUUUGGCCAGCCCAGCUUGGUCACUCUGGGUUGGCUCCAGCUGGGAACCCAACACCUGUGCUUCCAGGUGCCAUCCUGAGCUUUGAGCUCCAGGCACUUCAUUUUUCCUAUAAGGGGAGCCAAGUCUUCUGAAAAGUUCUCUUCCUAAUGGUCCCUGAUGCUUGGGCCAGAGUAUGAUUGACUCUCUGCUCUACCAUUUUCUCUCCAGAAAGCAGUUGUCCCAGCCUCUAUACCUAAAAAGAGACUCUAGGUCUAGGUUUUCUUCCCUUUUCCUUUCCCCUACCCUAGACCUCUGGCUCCCUUUCUCUUAGUGUAUCUGGUAGCUCCAGGAGGCCUGUGUGGUAGUGCUCAUUCCUGUUGGAUGCUACCUGCAGUCAAUUUCCUGUCCUCCUUGCCUCUCUUCUUUCCUGGCCCAGACCUAUAUGGCCAUGCCCUGGCUCUGCUCUUGGGAAGGCCCGCUACCUGUGUGUGACCCAGCUUGUCCAGGCCCUGGGAUGCUGCAUCUCUAGGCAACUAUGCACUUUCCUGGGGAGGGAACCAGUAUGAGAAUUGGGGGCUGGGCAUGAAUUCAUCUCCGCUGGAUGGUCUGUCUUGGGGAUGUGAUGGAGGAAGGCCCAGGUCACUUCUGGAAAUCCUCAGGUCUGGCCAGCCAGUGACCUGCUUUUGCAUUUUGCUGGUGCCUACUGCUCCUCCUUGUUUCUGGGAGACACAGACCAUUGUCCACCUGGCAGUUGACCUGCCUGAGCUGUCUGUCUGUGGUAAUUGAGUGAACCAUAAUAAAGGGGAACAUUUGGCCCUGUG